AUGAUGUCACCUCACCUUUUCAGACUAUUGAAGCACCUCUUGGACCAAAUAAUGCCACCUCGACCAUUGAAACUAAUGAGGCACUUGCUGGACCGAAUGAUACCAUCUCAUCCAUUGAGAUUGUUGAAACCCCUCUUAGAAGGUUCACCCGUACAAGACAAGCACUCACUUAUCUCCAAGGCUUUCACACAAACAUUGCG